GCACCCAUGAGGCAUAGGUUCAACAAGUUCCUGCAUGAGAAGAACUGGCUGACCAGUGUGCUGGAGAAAAUCGAGAGCAGGACUAUCCUGAACAGUUUCUACAUCAUCCUCGCCAUUAUUGGUGUGCUGGCCACCUACCUGGUGAUCGGUUAUGGAGCAUCCUUGCUCUGCAACCUGAUCGGCUUUGUUUACCCUGCAUACAUCUCCAUCAAGGCCAUUGAAAGUCCUAACAAAAAUGAUGACACACAGUGGUUGACCUACUGGGUGGUGUAUGGCAUCUUCAGCAUAGCAGAAUUUUUCUCUGACAUCUUUCUCUCCUGAUUCCCUUUUUACUACAUGACGGUGGAAAUGUGUGGUUUCCUGGUAUGGUGUAUGGCCCCAAGUCCCUCAAAUGGAGCAGAGUUUCUGUACCACCAAAUUAUCCGCCCUUUCUUCCUGAAGCAUGAGGCACAGCUGGACAGUGUAAUGAAGAUAUAA